AUGGACCCCCAUACAAGUGCCCAAGACGUGAUGCGAUGUGACCUGUGUGAGACCGCUGUGGUACAGAUGCACUGUGAUACAUGUCUUGUCAACCUGUGUACUGCUUGUGUAGGAAAACAUAUGAUUUCUGAUGAAUCCGAGGAUCACAAAGUCGUCAAAUUUCAGUCCAGAAAAUCUAUCCCCCUCUACCCUGGAUCCAUAACAAAACAUGGAGAGGACUGGCACAGAGAAGUUGACAAAAUUGUCAGGAAACUUAAAGAUGAAGUUGAUGAGAUGAAAAACACACAGUUACAAACUCUACAGAAACAUCUGGAUGAAAUAAACAAGAAAAUUUCUGACAUCAAGGAUGAAAUUGAUUCAGUUGAAAUGGCAAUAGACACUAAUGACUUGUCAAAACUGUUUAGUAUAACAUCCAAUGUAGAUAUAUACAGAAAUCUUCCACACAAAAUUAUGCUAUCUUUACCCAGAUUCAUGCCAGGAAAAAUCCAAGGAGAAGAAUUAAGUAAACUGUUUGGAACAUUAUCAUCAAGUUCUUCAACAUCAAAUGAAUAUGGCUACAGUAUGAAGACAACCCAGACAUCACUAGAAGCUGGAUCCUUUUCACCAGUCAAACAGCUGCUUGAUGAACCAGAGAUAGUCACCACCAUAAACACUGGGUAUGCAUACCUUUUUAAUGUCAAUCAGAAUUGA